GAGAACUCUGUGAGGAAACGAAAGUCAGCUCAGCUGAAGCUCUGCUUCCGCCACAUUCAGAGGGAGAACCGGUUCUGUUGGCUCUUUCUUUCUAGUUUUUACCAACGAGGAGCGACGAGGAGACAUGUCUGCCAAAAGCGAGCUGCAGGACGCACUGCGGACGUACGUGGCAGAAACCCUGACCUCCAUCCACACCGUCAGGACCUUCUGCCAGUCGUCCUCCAGGUGGGAGCUGAGCAGGACGAUGGAGGUGGACAUGCUGCUGGACCUCCGAGACAGAGCCGCCCAGGUGGACCUGAACCUGAGCCACGUCACUCAGUCCCCCGACAAAGGAAAGGCCCUGGCGGAGUACCUGAGGAGCCAGGUGAGCGGCAUGACGGCGGACGGCCGGCGGGCGGAGCUGCGGGACGAGCUGGCCCAGCUGCUGAGCGGCUCGCUGCAGGCGCUGCACGAUGUCCACGGCUUCCUGGACGCCGUGGAGACGCUGGCGGCCACCUCGCUGCACGUCUUCGCCCAGAGUCGGACGCUUCGGCUGCGCGGAGGCGUGGGACUGGAUCUGGUUCGGGCCGUGGUCUUGGUCGCAAAACAAGUGUGCCCCCUGGUGCUGGAGUUCAAGAGAGACACAGAUCUCUUCUUCCUCCCGCAACUUCACAACGUGGAAGUCCUGGCUCACCAGCUGGACCAGUACAUCCAGGUCUGCACCUACAUCUGCCAGAGGUUUGAAAAGAGCUGCUUCGGAGACCGCGGGUUGGACAACGAGGGACAGACGGAGGUCGAGCUGGACGAGGAUCUGCCUGAAGAAGACCUCCAGAGGAUGCUGGACCACAUCCAGCAGCUGACUGACAUCAGGGAGGACCCACACUUCCGGAUGGCGUUCCUGUUCCAGCAGGAAGCCGGUCAACACUUCGUCAAGGAGUUUCGGGACCGCCGGCCCCGGAUGCUGCGGUUCCUGGAGGAGCUGGAGGAGGCCGCCGUCCAGCUGGACCGGAUGAACACCGGGGCCCGGAUCUCCACCGUGGCCGGCAGCUCGGUGGGGGCCGUCGGCGGCAUCCUGUCCAUCGUCGGCUUGGCGCUGAUGCCGUUCACAUUGGGGGCGUCUCUGCCGCUGACGAUGGCCGGCGUCGGACUGGGAAUCACCAGCGGCGUCAACAGCCUGGUCACCACGGCCACCGAGAUCGGAGUGAACGCCACGCAGCAGAACAAGGCCGGCGAAGUCCUCCAGAGCUUCAUGGACGACGUCCAGAACCUCCAGACCUGUGUGGAAGAGGCCAAAUGCCAGACAGUGUCCAGUCUGAGAGCCGCGGAGGUCGACAUAGCCGUGGGAGUCGGGAGGGCGGUCCUGAGCACCGGUUCAGUCGGUAAAGGGAUCGAUUCAAUGGUUGACACUGCCUAUUUGGCGAAGCUUUUAAAAAAUGAGGAGAUUUUUUCAGGUGCCGGUAAAAUGUUGGUUCAGGAAGGAAAAGCUCUGCGGAACAUUCCCAGAGUGGCCUCAGAAGUCCCGGAUCUGGGUCAGGCGGCAGCCAAGAGCUCCGCCGUUCUGUCCAGCUCCGCCAGAGCCGGUUUCAUCGCGCUCAACGCGCUCUUCCUCGGCAUGGACAUCUUCCUCAUCUGCAAGGACAGCAUCAGUCUGGCCAAAGCCAACAAGACCCAGACCUCCCAGUUCAUCCGAGCCAGGGCGGCCCUGUGGGGCUCCGUCAUGGACUCCUGGCAGAAGAUCUCCGACUCUCUGGACCAAGGCCUGCCCAGCCUGGAGAAGAAGGAGGCCCUCCUGGAGACCCCCUUUUACCCCGACUCUGAGACCAAGGAGGCCCUCCUGGAGACCCCCUUUUACCCCGACUCUGAGACCAAGGAGGCCCUCCUGGAGACCCCCUUUUACCUUGACCCUGAUGAGAAGGAGGCCCUCCUGGAGACUCCCUUUUUCCUUGACCCUGAUGAGAAGGAGGCCCUCCUGGAGACCCCCUUUCACCCUGACCCUGAUGAGAAGGAGGCCCUCCUGGAGACCCAGAUUCACCUUGACCCCGAGGAGAAGGAGGCGGCCGAGGUGGAGGAGUCGUCUGAAUAAGUUGAAAAACCCCAUAAGAAGACCAACACGGCAGGAAUCGGCCAACAGACGCUUCAUCUACGCAACUAUGUGCCUCAAAACUCCAACAUCAUUCCUCCACUCCUGCCUGACCUCCUCCUGACCUGACCUGGUCUAGACCAGGUCUCCAUGAGACUCCACCUAUUCUCCUCCAGGUCUCCACCAGGUCUCCAGGCCAGUGAGCUUCACCCUCUACUGCUGGAUUAGACUGACAGAGCGAGAAAAACGUCUCCGGAAAGAAAAACAUUUCCCAAACAUUUUUAUAUGAAUGAGAUUACCUUCCAGAUUAAUGCUAACCAGUUUGAAUUGAUGUUGUUUGUCCUGAAUUCCAGUUUAGCUACGGGAUUUUCUCACUGAUUUGAUUCUGAUCAAAGGAAAAUGUUGGGCUGGUGAUGAAAA